AUGUACGGAAACGUUCGCGUCCGCAAAAGAGGCCUCACGGCAUCGUAUACUCGGCCACCGAACAGACUCAGUCCAUAUGAGACAGGACUGCAAACUUCUCUGCCACUACUCGAAGACUGGGGCCACAUCGAUCCGCACAAACAGAACACACUGAACGAUGUUUUGGACCGUUUGAGAUCUGCACACACCGAAGAGGAAGACCCGAUGGACUGCCCAAUAUCAGGGGAUUGUGUUACCAACUGCCAUGCAAACGGAAGUCUCAAGAAUCACGUCGAACAUAACCACCGCGUGAACGCUCACAAAUGCUCCCAUUGUGGUUUGGUUCUGAGAUCAGUUGGCAGUCUACUACACCACAUCAAAGUCACCCACGACGAGGCUGAUCAUCGCCAUCCAAGCCCAGAACAGGACUGCGACAAAAGUUACAACACGCAAAAUCUCAAAUAUCAUCUCGAUUCAGCUCACAAAGCUGCUCUGAGGAAGCAUGUCGAAACAGGCCACUCCAACCAGUUCCCAUGCGCCGAUGAAAAGUGCACCAAACUUUUCGAAACGCAACAGAAGGCCGAUGACCAGAAUCUCGACUGUAGAUUCUGCGGGCAGAAUUUCAGCGGACCUCGUCUGGAGACUCCACUAAAAUGUGGAUCUGAUGAAGACUUUUGUGCUGCUUAUGAGGACAGUGCUACUCAUGAAAAUGAUAAGAAUCAGAAUCAGAAUCAGAAUCAGAAUCAGAAUCAGAAUCAGAAUCAGAAUCAGAAUCAGAAUCAGAAUCAGAAUCAGAAUCAGAAUCAGAAUCAGAGUGACGGCAAGGAUGACAAGGGCGAAUCGAAAUUUCUUCUCACCACCAAAUUUCUACAAAGCCAAGGCCUGACCACAAGCAGCCGACUAACACAUCUCUACCUGUCACCUCUCAUCACACCAUCCUAUAUCCUUCUUCAGUUCCUGCUCAGUAAGAUGGUGGACAUCAGUGCCCUGCUGCAUAGCUCAUCGAGCCUUGCCCAUCCGGUCUCUAGUCUGAAUACGUUCAGACCUCGUAUGAAUCAACUUUCCAAGAUCACGGUUACGGUACAGCGGCUGUAUCCUGAUUUCCAGUUCCGUGUUGAACAUAUUGCCGUGAUUCUGCUCGCGGACCUGAAGCAUUUCGAGAAAGGUUAUGCACUAUCGGAGGAGGUAGACCCGGGAACCUUGAAAGGACAUUUGGAAGAUGUCUCGCCACUUUGCAAGCACUACAUGCAUCAUGUCGACCCCGGCAAUCUCAGAACUGAGACCUGGAAACACGCAGAGGAUAAAUCGCCUACUCCGCAACCACCUCUGACCCGUAAACGUAUCCGUGAAAAGAGCUGGAAGGUAAUUGAGCAGUCAAUUUACUACGAUUCGCGGUGCGAGACUCUCCCAAACCUCCCAGUUGUCCGUCGAAGUCUGGCAGAAGAACGCAUUUGUUUCAAACGCGACGGUCGUGCCUGUGUGCUGACAGGGAAGAAGAGUGACCUGACUCUCUUCUGGUUUAUUCCUCACACGUGGAACAACAGUGUGGGUAGAAAUAAUGCCACGGGCAAUCUGCUUGAAAUGAGUGUCAUCUUGGCCGACGUCGAUCUUUUUGAUGAUAUUUUCAGCGCGACUGAGCUUGGCAAGACUCAUAAAGCAUGGAACAUGAUUUGCGUUGACCGAACUCUGUACAGAUUCCUGUCAACCGGUUGGUGUGCGUUCAAGUUCCAGUGUGCCAUUCUAGGCCAUGACGGGAAAUUCGAAGUGCUUUUGCGGUUCUACUGGAUGCCUCAGUUGACAGCGCGAUUCAAUAAACCCGUCAACGCCUUCGAUAUGGAAAACAUCAUAAAGGAGUUCAAGGCAUUUGUUCAAUCAGACUGUCCCCCACCGCCUCACUAUCCCAAGGAGUCUCCGGUACCUGAAUCUGGCCAGCUCAUCCGCCUUGUUAUGACUCAAGAAGAAGCGACAAAGAUCGAGUCUGCAGUCAAGUUACACUGGGCCUGUGUAGUGUACACAGCUCUUUGCGGUGGUGCCGGGCGCUCUCAGUCCCUGACUGGUAUGGAUCAGAGCGACGGGUCUUUGGUGCCCAGGGACAAGGAGUUCGAACAAGAGAAGAAGCAGUUAGAAUUGGACCAUCGGGUGGCCGAGAUGGGGUGGAAGAAGGCGUACCGAGAAACUCGCAGUGAUGAAAGUGCGUCAUCCAUGUAG